GGGCAGCCUCCAGGUUGCAGAGCGCCGACUUUGAGAAAUGGCCGCGUCUGGGGAACCCGGGAGGCAGUGGCAGGAGGAGGUGGCGGCGCUGGUGGUGGUGGUGGGCUCCUGCAUGACCGACCUGGUCAGCCUUACUUCUCGUCUGCCAAAAACGGGAGAAACCAUCCAUGGACAUAAGUUUUUCAUUGGCUUUGGAGGGAAAGGUGCCAACCAGUGUGUCCAAGCUGCUAGGCUUGGAGCAGAGACAUCCAUGGUGUGCAAGGUUGGCAAAGAUUCCUUUGGCAAUGAUUAUAUAGAAAACUUAAAACAGAAUGAUAUUUCUACAGAAUUUACAUAUCAGACUAAAGAUGCUUCAACAGGAACUGCUUCUAUAAUUGUCAAUAAUGAAGGCCAGAAUAUCAUCGUUAUAGUGGCUGGAGCAAAUUUACUUUUGAAUACCGAAGACCUGAGGGAAGCAGCCAGCGUCAUUAGCAGAGCCAAAGUAGUGAUCUGCCAGCUAGAAGUAACUCCAGCAACUUCUUUGGAAGCCCUGAGAAUAGCCCACAGCAAUGGAGUGAAAACAUUGUUCAAUCCAGCGCCUGCCAUUGCUGACCUAGACCCCCAGUUCUACACUCUCUCAGAUGUGUUCUGCUGCAAUGAAAGUGAGGCUGAGAUUCUGACCGGCCUUGAGGUCAGCAGCCCCCCAGAUGCUGCGAAGGCUGCGUUGGUGCUCAUGGAAAGGGGCUGCCGGGUCGUAAUCAUCACCUUAGGUGCUGAAGGAUGUGUGAUGCUGUCACAGACAGAACCUGUCCCGAAGCACAUUCCCACAGAGAAAGUCAAGGCUGUGGAUACUACGGGCGCUGGUGACAGUUUUGUGGGAGCUUUGGCCUUCUACCUGGCUUACUACCCAAAUCUGUCCUUGGAAGAAAUGCUCAAGAGAUCCAGUUUCAUCGCAGCAGUCAGUGUCCAGGCCACAGGAACACAGUCAUCUUAUCCAUACAAAAAAGACCUGCCCCUUGAUCUGUUUUGAUUGCUACUAACUCAAAAUAAAUAUACCUAGAAAUAAAAUGCAAUGGGGGAGGUCACUCAACUAGCAGCUUAUUACAAAAUGUCUUCUCCUUUCUUUGCAAAUAUUAUGUUCAUUUACUAAGUCAUCCUCAAGCCUUCAUUUAUUUCUUUACAGUGAUGAUUUCUGUUUUUCAUACAAAAGUCAACUAGACAGAAUUAAGGAUUCCACGAUGACGACUUGUACAGACAAUACCACUAUUCAGAAACCAGCAAACUCUACUGCCAACACAUCAUAAGUAUCAUAUGUACCCCAUACAGCAGAGGCUGCGAACAACAGUGUCUAGAGUCAGAGCAGAGAAUGGUCAAUAAAGGAAGGAGGCGUAUGCAUUGGGCCACUCAAGCAGUUCCUAAGUGGGGCAGCUGACAUUCGGCGUUGCCUUUAGUGUCAUCUGACUUCUCGUUUCACGAGAGAAGCCAGAGGUUUGGAUGUUUAUUGAAAUCUUUCAACGUUUAAGUAUCAGCAACUGACUUUUUAAAAUUGUAAACACCACCUGUGGGCCGCUUUCAGCCCAUGUGCUGAAUAGACAAGUCAUUUGCUAAGCCAGAUUUUAAGUUUAAAAAAAAAAAGGUGAUUCAUGAAUGUCACAGACCCUUUACAUUGGGCUUAGGUAGGAUCAGGUCAAGGAUUUUUCUUGUAACCCAAGACCACAAUGUAUAGUUUCAACCUAAAAAUAGCCAAGAUCUCACCUAUCUUUGCUUUGAAUUGGAGCUUUAACAAGAUGCCAGAAAAAUAGCUGAUUGACUAUAAUGCCACAAGCCUCUAAGACUCAACAACUGUCUAAUUCCAUUUCCAGAGAGCUGCUCUUGCAUUUCCUCAGGAGACAGACUGGGCCACAGGGAGGGAACACCUGUUAUUUUGGAACACCACUGGUUUCUUAAUGCUUGUGGUCAUGGUGAACGCUCUAUCCUUCUCCCCUAUAAAUGCUUUAAAUGCUGUAGGAUACAUACCAGCAGAGCUCAAAACAUGAGCUGUUCCUUACCUUCGACCAGAAAUUCGACAAGGAGAAAAAUGGGCCAUUUUGAAAAUUUGUGGUAAACAGCUUGAAUGGGAAAGUGUAUAGAUCUGGGUGGGUAGGUAGGUCAGGAGUCCUUAUCUGAACAUGAGGAUUACCAGUGGAAUUUCCAAGCUGGUUAGCUGUGUGGUACCACUGCCCCAGAAGCCCUAGCCAUCAGCUUUAUGGAAACACACUAUAGCACCUAUUAAAAAAAAAAAAAAAUCUGAGUUAAAGCAGUCCAAAGCUGUCCUAGAAAAUCCUAGAUACUACCUUUGGUGACCAGAGUUUGAGAAUAUGGACCAAUGGCAUUUUUCUAAUUAUAUAAGCACAAGUC